CCUGAGUUGUGGGGUAAAUGUAGAGAGUGUCAAUCAAAGGCAGAGCUCUCAGAGCUGGGAAGGAGGCUCUAGAUGGCGGCUGUGCCUUAGAGAGAGCGCGCUCUGCUCCCUGCCUUCGCCUCACUUUACGCAACUUUCCCUAACUUUCGGGCAGCCUCAGGGGGCACCCACAGCCCCCUGUCUCUCCUAGUCGCUUGCUGGGGUCGAUUUGAACCCUUUUUGGGGAGAAAAGCAGCUUUUGGGAGGUUUUUUUUCGUGCCUUGUUGGAAAGAAGCUGCCGUACUGCGAGCCCAGGUCGUUGUUUUUUCCAGCUUAGAAGCCAUGGCGCACCUCCAUUUUUGUGCGCUCUCCUAAUGAGGUUUUUUUUCCUUCCGGACUCAUUUUAGUAUUAAUUAUUGCUUUAUUUUUUGACAAGUUAACAUAUUGGGAGACUAUUUCAUUUAAUUUUUGUUUUUUUCACGUAGAAUUUUGGCUUUAUUUUUAAUUAUUUUGGAUGUGAGAUUUUUCUACUACUAGAUAGCACUCUUGCUUUGGACAUACAUGGAUCAGUAAAUACCUGGGCACAGGACUUCAAAGCAAACACAGAUUUCCCCUCCCCCUUAAUAUUUAAGAAUUAAAAGAUGAUGAGAAAUAAGGACAAAAGCCAAGAGGAGGACAGUUCGCUACACAGCAAUGCAUCGAGUCAUUCAGGCUCUGAAGAAGCUUCAGGUUCAGACUCUGGCAGCCAGUCUGAAAGUGAACAGGGCAGCGAUCCAGGAAGUGGACAUGGCAGUGAGUCCAACAGCAGUUCUGAAUCCUCAGAAAGUCACUCAGAAUCUGAGAGUGAAUCAGUCGGUUCCAAAUCCCAGCCUGUUCUUCCAGAAGCCAAAGAGAAGCCAGCAUCUAAGAAGGAACGGAUAGCUGAUGUGAAGAAGAUGUGGGAAGAAUAUCCUGAUGUUUAUGGGGUUAGGCGGUCAAACCGAAGCAGACAAGAGCCAUCCCGAUUUAAUAUUAAGGAAGAGGCAAGUAGCGGGUCUGAAAGUGGGAGCCCCAAAAGAAGAGGCCAGAGGCAGCUGAAAAAACAAGAAAAAUGGAAGCAGGAGCCAUCAGAAGAUGAGCAGGAACAAGGCACUAGUGCAGAGAGUGAGCCAGAGCAAAGGAAAGGAAAAGCCAGAAGACCUGUCCCCAGAAGAAUGGUGCCCAAAUCUCGAGGUCAAAAGCAACCCAAAACUCAGCGUGGAAAGAGGAAAAAGCAGGAGUCUUCUGAUGAAGAUGAUGAUGAUGAUGAAGCUCCCAAAAGGCAGACUCGGCGAAGAGCUGCUAAAAAUGUGAGUUAUAAAGAAGAUGAUGACUUUGAGACAGACUCAGAUGAUCUCAUUGAAAUGACCGGAGAAGGAAUGGAUGAACAGCAAGAUAAUAGUGAAACUAUUGAAAAGGUCUUAGAUUCAAGACUGGGGAAGAAAGGAGCCACUGGAGCUUCUACUACUGUAUAUGCUGUUGAAGCGAAUGGAGACCCUAGUGGUGACUUUGAUGCUGAGAAGGAUGAAGGCGAAGACCAGUACCUCAUCAAGUGGAAGGGUUGGUCUUAUAUCCACAGCACAUGGGAAAGUGAAGAGUCCUUACAGCAACAGAAAGUGAAGGGCCUAAAAAAACUAGAGAACUUCAAGAAGAAAGAGGAUGAAAUCAAACAAUGGUUAGGGAAGGUUUCUCCUGAAGAUGUUGAAUAUUUCAAUUGCCAACAGGAGCUAGCAUCAGAAUUGAAUAAACAGUACCAGAUAGUAGAAAGAGUCAUAGCUAUGAAGACAAGUAAAUCUACAUUAGGUCAAACAGAUUUUCCAGCUCACAGUCGGAAACCAGCAACUUCAAAUGAGCCUGAAUAUCUGUGCAAAUGGAUGGGACUACCCUAUUCAGAAUGCAGCUGGGAAGAUGAAGCCCUGAUUGGAAAGAAAUUCCAGAAUUGUAUUGAUGGUUUCAAUAGUCGGAACAACUCAAAAACUAUCCCAACAAGAGAAUGCAAGGCGCUGAAGCAGAGACCACGAUUUGUAGCUUUAAAGAAACAGCCAGCAUAUUUAGGAGGGGACAAUCUGGAGCUCCGAGAUUAUCAGCUAGAAGGUCUCAACUGGCUUGCGCAUUCCUGGUGCAAAAGUAACAGUGUAAUCCUUGCUGAUGAAAUGGGCCUAGGAAAAACCAUCCAGACCAUAUCAUUCCUCUCCUACUUGUUCCAUCAACACCAGCUGUAUGGACCCUUUCUUAUAGUCGUCCCUUUAUCCACUCUCACUUCAUGGCAGAGGGAGUUUGAAGUCUGGGCACCAGAGAUUAAUGUAGUGGUUUACAUAGGUGACCUGAUGAGCAGAAAUACGAUAAGGGAAUAUGAAUGGAUUCAUUCUCAAACUAAAAGGCUGAAGUUCAAUGCACUUAUAACAACAUAUGAAAUCCUCUUAAAAGAUAAGACUGUGCUGGGCAGUAUUAACUGGGCCUUUCUGGGAGUGGAUGAAGCCCAUCGGUUGAAGAAUGAUGAUUCUUUAUUGUAUAAAACUCUCAUUGAUUUCAAGUCCAACCACAGGCUCCUCAUUACUGGCACCCCACUUCAGAAUUCCCUCAAGGAACUCUGGUCCUUGCUGCACUUUAUUAUGCCGGAGAAGUUUGAGUUCUGGGAAGACUUUGAAGAAGAUCAUGGGAAGGGGAGGGAAAAUGGCUACCAGAGUCUUCAUAAGGUUCUGGAGCCUUUCCUUCUUCGGAGAGUCAAGAAAGAUGUGGAGAAAUCUCUUCCUGCUAAAGUGGAGCAGAUUCUUAGGGUAGAGAUGUCAGCCCUUCAGAAGCAGUAUUACAAAUGGAUUCUGACCAGGAAUUACAAAGCUCUUGCCAAAGGAACAAGAGGCAGCACGUCUGGUUUUCUUAAUAUUGUGAUGGAAUUGAAAAAAUGCUGCAACCACUGCUAUCUGAUUAAGCCUCCUGAGGAAAAUGAAAGGGAGAACGGUCAGGAGAUUCUUCUGUCUCUAAUAAGGAGCAGCGGGAAGUUGAUUCUGUUAGACAAACUGCUGACAAGACUUCGAGAUCGGGGGAACAGAGUCCUCAUCUUCUCGCAGAUGGUGAGGAUGCUGGACAUCCUGGCCGAGUACCUCACUAUUAAGCACUAUCCUUUCCAGCGCCUGGAUGGUUCCAUCAAGGGAGAAAUCCGAAAACAGGCGUUGGAUCACUUCAAUGCAGAUGGGUCUGAGGACUUCUGUUUCCUGCUCUCCACAAGGGCUGGUGGCCUGGGCAUCAAUUUGGCUUCAGCGGACACAGUUGUCAUCUUUGACUCUGACUGGAACCCCCAGAACGACUUGCAGGCACAGGCCCGAGCCCACAGGAUUGGUCAGAAGAAGCAGGUGAAUAUUUACCGCUUGGUUACAAAAGGGACUGUGGAAGAGGAGAUCAUAGAACGGGCCAAAAAGAAGAUGGUAUUGGAUCAUCUGGUGAUUCAGCGCAUGGAUACCACUGGCCGGACAAUCCUGGAGAAUAACUCAGGAAGAUCCAACUCAAAUCCUUUCAAUAAAGAAGAGCUGACAGCUAUCUUGAAAUUUGGAGCAGAGGAUCUUUUCAAAGAAAUUGAAGGAGAGGAAUCAGAGCCUCAGGAAAUGGAUAUUGAUGAAAUUUUGCGCUUAGCUGAAACUAGAGAGAAUGAAGUAUCAACAAGUGCCACUGAUGAGCUUUUGUCCCAGUUUAAGGUUGCCAACUUUGCAACGAUGGAAGAUGAAGAGGAGCUAGAAGAGCGUCCUCACAAGGAUUGGGAUGAAAUUAUUCCAGAAGAGCAAAGGAAGAAAGUAGAGGAGGAGGAGAGGCAAAAGGAGCUAGAAGAAAUUUAUAUGCUGCCUCGAAUUCGUAGUUCCACUAAAAAGGCUCAAACAAAUGACAGUGAUUCUGACACUGAGUCUAAGAGACAGGCGCAGAGGUCUUCUGCGUCUGAGAGUGAAACAGGUGACUCCGAUGACGACAAGAAGCCCAGACGCCGAGGGCGUCCCCGCAGUGUGCGCAAAGACCUUGUGGAGGGCUUUACUGACGCAGAGAUUCGGAGGUUCAUCAAGGCUUAUAAGAAGUUUGGUCUCCCUCUUGAAAGGCUAGAGUGCAUAGCUCGGGAUGCUGAGCUGGUGGAUAAGUCUGUGGCAGACCUGAAACGCCUGGGUGAACUGAUUCAUAACAGCUGUGUGUCAGCAAUGCAGGAAUAUGAAGAACAGCUGAAAGAAAAUGCCAGCGAAGGGAAAGGACCAGGGAAAAGAAGAGGCCCCACAAUCAAGAUCUCUGGAGUUCAGGUUAAUGUGAAGUCCAUUAUCCAACAUGAGGAGGAGUUUGAGAUGCUGCAUAAAUCUAUCCCUGUGGACCCUGAAGAGAAAAAAAACUACUGCUUAACCUGUCGGGUCAAAGCUGCACAUUUUGAUGUAGAAUGGGGCGUGGAGGAUGAUUCUCGCCUGCUGUUAGGAAUUUAUGAACAUGGCUAUGGAAACUGGGAGCUAAUUAAAACAGACCCAGAACUGAAACUAACUGACAAAAUUCUACCUGUGGAGACAGAUAAGAAGCCCCAGGGGAAGCAGCUGCAGACCCGAGCGGACUACUUGCUGAAGCUGCUUAGGAAAGGCCUGGAGAAGAAGGGCACUGUGACCAGUGGGGAAGAGGCCAAAUUAAAGAAGAGAAAGCCUCGAGUAAAGAAGGAGAACAAAGCUCCCAGGCUGAAGGAUGAGCACGGACUUGAACUUUCUUCUCCGAGACACUCUGACAACCCAUCAGAAGAGGGGGAAGUAAAGGAUGAUGGUUUAGAAAAAAGUCCAGUGAAAAAAAAACAGAAGAAGAAAGAGAACAAGGAGAACAAGGAGAAACAAAUGAGUUCCAGGAAAGACAAAGAAGGGGACAAAGAAAGGAAGAAGUCAAAAGAUAAGAAAGAGAAGGCUAAAAGUGGGGAUGGCAAAUCUGCAAGUAAAUCAAAGCGCUCUCAGGGUCCUGUCCAUAUUACAGCAGGAAGUGAACCUGUCCCCAUCGGAGAGGAUGAAGAGGAUGAUCUGGACCAGGAGACUUUCAGCAUUUGUAAGGAGAGGAUGAGGCCUGUGAAAAAGGCGCUGAAACAGCUGGACAAGCCUGACAAGGGACUCAGUGUACAAGAACAGCUGGAACAUACCCGGAACUGCCUGCUUAAAAUUGGGGACCGCAUAGCCGAGUGCCUUAAAGCUUACUCAGACCAGGAGCACAUCAAAUUGUGGAGGAGGAAUCUGUGGAUUUUUGUUUCCAAAUUUACAGAAUUUGAUGCUAGAAAACUACAUAAGUUAUACAAGAUGGCUCAUAAGAAAAGAUCUCAAGAAGAAGAGGAACAGAAAAAGAAAGAUGAUAUAAUUGGUGGUAAGAAACCAUUUCGACCAGAGGCCUCAGGCUCAAGCCGGGAUUCUCUAAUAUCACAAUCCCAUACCUCACACAACCUUCAUCCUCAGAAGCCUCAUUUGCCUGCCUCCCAUGGCCCACAGAUGCAUGGACACCCAAGAGAUAACUACAGCCACCCCAACAAGAGACACUUUAGUAAUGCAGAUCGAGGAGACUGGCAGAGGGAAAGAAAGUUCAACUAUGGUAGUGGCAACAAUCCUCCCUGGGGCAGUGAUCGGCACCAUCAGUAUGAGCAGCACUGGUACAAGGACCACCAUUAUGGGGACCGGCGACACAUGGAUGCCCACCGUUCUGGAAGCUAUCGACCCAACAACUUGUCCAGGAAGAGACCUUAUGAUCAGUACAGCAGUGACCGAGACCACCGGGGACACAGAGAUUACUAUGACAGGCACCAUCAUGAGUCCAAGCGGAGGAGAUCAGAUGACUUUAGGCCUCAAAAUUACCACCAGCAGGAUUUCCGACGAAUGUCUGAUCACCGACCUCCUAUGGGGUACCAUGGCCAGGGACCUUCAGACCAUUACCGUUCUUUCCACACAGACAAAUUGGGAGAUUAUAAACAGCCCCUGCCCCCAUUGCACACUGCAGUCUCAGAUCCUCGUUCACCCCCUUCCCAGAAGUCUCCUCAUGAUUCCAAGUCACCCUUGGAUCACAGGUCUCCUUUGGAGAGAUCAUUAGAACAGAAAAAUAACCCAGAUUAUAACUGGAAUGUUCGGAAAACAUAAAGGACAGCCCAGAAGGGGACAAGAGCGGGCACCAUCAAGCACUUGGACAUUGUUGGUCUGGUCCUGCAGUGGCUGACAGUCUAGGCCAGUGAGUGGAGUUUGUAGACAUGUGGCUGCCAUCCACUUGGCAGCCGAACGAGCACUUGAAGGAGUGAAAGGCCUUCGUCUGCCACAUUGGGUUGGUGUUCACUCCUGCACUUUGGCACCCCCUCCCAGCCCAGCCUGUUCUGGUCUCCCAUCUCCAUGGGUGUGAGGAAGAAGUGACUCUGGUGUAGUAUACCAGCUUCAUGGGCUGCUUCUCCUGUGAAGAGAUUGGGGAUCUUAACUGUCACGAAUGUUUGAGUGUGAGUGGUCAGGGCAAGGAACUGGUGCGUGAAGGCUGCUGGGACCUGUGGGACAGUUGUAUGAUCGGGUUCUUUAUGACAUGAUGGAUGCUGCUUGGGGAAGUGGGGGUGAGAGGGUGGGGUGUCACGUUGCAGGACUUGAGGGCCAGCAGGUUCCUCCCUCACACACUUGGGGUAACUGAUAGGCCUGGUCUUAUUAUGUGAAACCUACAGGGUGGGAGUGGGGUGGGCUUCAGAGAGGGGAACAAGUUCCACCAUGGCCUCCUCCCUGCCAACACUAAUUUCUCCUACACUGUCUUUGUACAUUUCAAAGGUUUGCUUUCCUGGGUGAGUUCUCUUCCUUCUGUGCCAGGGAAAGGCAGGCCCCUCUGGCCAACUUUUAGAGUACUGUGACUUGGGCAACACUGAUGUCAGCAUGGUCCUGCUUGAUCCGGGGAGUAGGCUGAGUGGGUC